GCUUCCGGGCUCUCAUCAUGGGGGACUAAGGAGCAGCGCUGGCCGCCCGCAUCCUCCCCUCCCGGCCCUCGCCCGCCAGCCCCCGGCUUCGCCGCCGGCCCCCGCCCCGUCCACCCUCGGCCCAGUCUCUGCGAAGUGGCGCCAGCCUCCCCGGGGAGCGGCCGGGGGAGGCGCCGGGUUCAUGUUCCGGGUCGCUGAACCUACCCCGACCCGAGCUCAGGCGGCGAGAAAGAGCUGGCAUUUCAGUAGGACUAUGGAGGAGCUGGUUCACGAUCUCGUUUCAGCACUGGAAGAAAGUUCAGAGCAAGCCAGAGGAGGUUUUGCUGAUACUGGAGAUCAUUCUCGAAGUGUGUCUUGUCUUUUAAAGCGACAGGCAAGGAAAAGGAGGGGACGAAAAAGACGUUCGUUUACCACACAUCAUCCCUGGGAGACUGGUCACUGCUUAAGUGAAGGUUCUGAUUCCAGUUUAGAAGAAUCAAACAAAGACUACAGGGAGAAUCAUGCUAAUAAGAAAGACCACAGUGACUCUGAUGACCAGUUGUUGGUUGCUAAACGUAGACCUUCCUCAAACUUAAAUAAUAUUAGAGGCAAAAGGCCUCUGUGGCAUGAACCAGAUUUGGCUGUUGACAGUUUGGGAAACAGAACUUUGCGCAGGAGAAGAAAGGUAAAACGGAUGGCAAUAGAUCUGCCAUCAGAAGUCUCUAAUGCGCUGACAAUAACUCAACAGCAGGAUAACAGCAGAGAUCAAGAAAUGGACAAUAACAAUAAAUCAUACCAACACCAAGAGUUUUCCAAGAGCAAAGUGAAAAAAAGAAAAGUAGCUGCAGUUCGACAAGGACCAGAAGUCUUGGAUGAAGGGGUAGUUAUAGAAAAUGAAGAAGUGAACCAAGCAAAUAAGGACAAAAUGGAGUACGAGGAGCAAAAAGGCUCAGAUGAGAACAUGAGUGACAGUGAAUCCAGCAGUCUGAGCAGCAGUGAUGCUGGUUUGUUUACCAAUGAUGAGGGAAGACAAGGUGAUGAUGAGCAGAGUGAUUGGUUUCAUGAAAAUGAGUCUGGUGGAGCAUGUGGAAUUACGGGGGUCAUUCCAUGGUGGGAACAAGAAGACUCUACAGAACUGGAGAGAGAAUUGCCUGAUCCAGUCUUUGAAAGUAUCUUAACUGGUACUUUCCCUCUUAUGUCUCGGUCAGGGAGGAGAGGUUUCCAGAGUAGAUUUAGCCAUCUUCAUGGAAUGCCAGCAAGAAACAUAAAAAAGGCUUCAGGAAACCAGAACGCAUUGAUAACUCCAGGACCAGGUGGUAGCAGGAAAACGGUUCACUUGUCCCAGGAUUCUCUUCACCAUGAUCACUGGUUUAGCCCUGGGGCUAGGAAGGAACAUAGCCAGCUUCAACUCUUGCGAGACAACCGAUCGGAGAGAGGACACAAGAAGAACAGCUCUGUAAAAACAGCUAGCAGGAGACAUUCAGGAAAGCAGACUCUGGAAGUAGUACAAGAAGAGUUAUGUAAAGGAAGUAUGUCAGAUGCUACUAAAUGGUGGCAAACCAGUGUACAUUUAGGAUCAUUGUGCAUGGGAGACAUCAAACGGAGAAGGAAAGCUGCUCCCCUGCCAGGACCCACAGGGUUUGUAGGUGAAAACACCCAACCAAUCCCAGAAAACAACAUUGGAAACAGAAUGCUUCAGAGUAUGGGCUGGACCCCUGGCACGGGCCUUGGACCGGACGGCAAAGGAAUAGCAGAGCCAAUACGAGCCGUCCAGAGACCAAAAGGACUCGGACUUGGAUUUAGCUGACAGAAAUGCACUCUGGCAGCCUGAUAAAAAUAAAGCUCAAAAUUAAUUUAACAAGACAAGAAAAAAGAAAAAAAAAUAAAAGCAAACAUAUUAUUUGUUGUGAUCAGCAAAUCCAGUUAUUCUUCUCUUAAAGAUCAUUGAAGUCAAUGUGCUUCACAUUAGCUACACCAGCUGCAAGGUACAGCCACAGUGACAGAACUGGCAGUCAAGUCUAACUUUAUAAUGGUGCUAAAAUAUACAAAAACUUCUACUUUUUUAUUUUCUGUGGUCUUAAAGUUUGUAUUAAGCAUAAAAUUCAGUAUAUUCACUUUUUUUCAUAAAAGCUUCUGACACAGCAGGUUUUAGUAUAUAAGCAAAUUUUUUUUGUAACUAUAAUUUCAUCUCCAAAGUCUUGAUAAGAUUUGUUGAAGGAAAAUAGAACUUUUUACAGCUAUUGUGUUUUCCCCCUUUUCAGGCAAAGUUUCCAAACCUGGUAUUUCUAGUGUUAACAAUAUUUGUGGAUAAGCUGUCAUUUUGCCCAUAAGAUAGACACGUUUCCCACUGGAAGGUGAUAUGGUAUGCAAUUUUGUAUGAGAGCAUGAAAAAUGGCUUUGUUGUCAUAGGAAUGCCAUUCCAACACCAUUAUUUGGCAAUGUAUCACUGUCUUCCACGUUCAAGCUCAAAAGUAAAGCUUUUGUAUUUGUUUUUACAUUUACAGGAUUAUCUUUUUUCAGUAAAUAUUUUAAAAAGUUAAAGUUUAUUCUGACUUUGGAUUUCCCUUUAUAUUAAUAAUCCUCACUGUUUCCACACUUAAGAAUAGUUUGAGCUUUGAACCAGGAAAUUGUAUUUUAAAGAUGACUGUUUCAGUGUUUAUACUCUGGGGUUUGGCAUAUUUUAAACAAUGCAGUGUUCAACAUCGUGUUAACAUUUGGUUUGUGAUCGUGCUGGUGCCAAUGAGCCACAACCUUUAAGGAUCAUGAACAGAAAAAGGGCAAGGAGAAGGAUUAGGGUGGAGGAAAGGAAGGAAAAAGAUACUCUGACAUCUCGCAAAUCUAAGGUAGCAAUUUAAAAUCAAGAGGGAUCAUUAAGUGUUUUAAUCAGUAUCCUAAUGUAUCUAAUGUCAGCAGAAGCAAUUUCAUUAAGCCCGAACCAAUCAAGUUCCUAGGGUACUUAUUGGUCUGCAGUAUAAAACAAAUUCCACUUUAAAAUUAAAUGAUAGGGCUGAAGGAAACUGUUGUUCCGAUGGAGUAAAGGGAAAAUCCUGCCCUCCUCCCCGCCCACCCCUGUAGUAGCUGGCAAUAUUUACCCUGGCUGCAGAGGGAACAGGAUUUGAUUCUCCAGUCUUUUUUUUCUUCAAGAGGAGGAUGUCUCCCAUCCUCUGAUACCAAACUGCAGAGAAAAAUACUUCCUUGCAGAUGCUUGCAAAGAUAUUUCCUUAGAAUAAAAAGAGCACAGCUUCCUUCAUGUGACCGUGAAAUAUAGUCAUGAAUUUUAAGAAGUAUUUUUAUUAUUUUUCUUUUCCUCUCUCAACUUCACCCAUUUUUCCAGAAAAAUAAUACGAGGAAAAGAAGAAGUAGCAGCAUUAUAGCAUUGAAUUUGCUUAAAAGAAAUGUUCAUGCUUCCCACUAUGAGUACUGUCGGUUUGGGAACAUUGUUUCACCAUACACGUAGUGUAGAAUAAAAGGUUAGUACCUGAUAUUGUUUUUAAUGAUAGCUGAAUGCACAUGUUCUCUGAGUUUCAGGAGAACUAUUUAUUGCUGUUUAAAUACUUUAUAUGAUUGUGUGGGUUUGCUUUUUAAAAUGAUAAGAAAUUUUAAACAGACUUGGGAUUUAUAAUCAAUACAUAUACUUUUUAUUGGAAGGUUUGGGGGCAUAGCAUAAUGUGAGUUUGCCACUUCAAAUAUCUCUUGCACAACUAAACUGAGUUAAAUACAUUCCAUAUCCAAAGAAUUUCAGGGCCACAUAAUUGCAAAGGGCUGAGAGCCUGGAAUUCUGCAGCUAGCAGAGGUGCCCACUUGUAUCAGUGUUAUUUACAAUAAUGAACUUGUGGCAUGCUCCCAUUCUUUCAAUGCAAUGUGCUACUGAGAGCAAGUGAAUUCUAAAGACCUCUUUGUAUUUUACACCACAAUCAAAAAAUCCUUAAAAUAAUUUUAAACAUGAGAAUUGUGAAAGGGAAUCUUUAAGUUCUGAUUGUUCUAGCUCUAUUUGCAAAACUGUAAAGGAAUAUUCAUUCUUGGUUAAAAUUCCAUUGUUUUGCUUUCGUUACAAUGUAUCUUGGUCUGGAAAUUCUAAGUAUGGCACAUAUAACACUUGUUUGAAAUAUUUCUGUGCAAUUUACUGUAGUAGUAGUUUCUCAAGAAGUCAGUCUGCAGCUCCAAAAGUACUUGAAAAUGUUUCCUGUUCUAAAAAGAUAAGAGGGAAAUAAUGGAUACAUGUUGAGAGAAAACCUCUUUAGCCCGUUCAACUCCUUAUUCAUCCAUUAAUACAGAUACAGUGAAACAGCCAACCUAGUAAACAACCGUAAUGGAAGAACUAUUUAGUCUGCUUGGAAAUCUUAGAACUUUUUGGUUUAAAUCAGUCUAUUAGUGAGAAACUAUUAGACAUUAAGAUUAGUCAAAUUGAUUUUGAUAUAGAGAUAGAUACACUUUGUCUGUUUUCCAGCAGGUAUUCUCACAGAUGCCACAGCUGACAGUCAACUUUAUCUGUUAGAAGCUGUAGAACAAAAUGAUUUAUUAAAAUUUUUUAAUGUAGUGUUUUGAGAUAUUUUUUUGUUGUGGUAAAACUCCCAUUCUGACUCACACUAUCAUUUCAUUUCUGUUUUUCCACAUCUCACAGGAGUGGUUUUAAAGAUACUCCAGUAGUGUGAUUUUGCACAGUUAAAAGUAGUGUUAAGAAACAAAACAAAAAUGAAUUGUACUUUUUCUCUUUUAAGCCAUUGCAAUGUUAGUUGGCUUUGAAACAGGUCAAAGUACUUUGAUUUAUUGGUGGUAUUUUUUCUUCAGGUCUUUCCCAUACCUAACUUGCAAUCAUACUGUGAUACCUGCUAUAAGGUUGGCUCACGUUACUUUAAAAUACAUAUACAAGUAUUUUCAGAUAAUAAUUCUUAAUGGCUGUGACACUGAGGGGUUUUUUUUGCCUACAUAGAUAAAUACAGGAUCAUCUUGUAUCUAAAAGUUACCAUCCAUUACUUGCCAGAUUCUUUCCAUUUAGGUGUUUGAUUAAUCAGUAGCUCAGCUGUUAUCAGAAUAUUCUUCCUCUGCAGAAUGUUUAGUGAAGAGAAGAGACAUUAUGUAUUAUCAGCGUUGCGUUUUGCUACAUGUUCCAUGGUGUCUCAAAGUUCUGUGAAUUGAGCCAUUAACUGUUAAUAAAAGAAACCCAUGAGCAGUAUCUUAUUUUUAAAUAAAUACUUGUCAAAGUCAGAGAAGCGUUAUCGAUAUGCUCAUUCUAACAAGUUUGUCCCUGCAUUUGUCUUUCUGCAAUUAGGUCAAUAAUGGGUGUAGAAUGGCAGUAAAUAGCUAAAUAAUAUGUAUAGAAUG